AUCAGCUUCUGAAAACCACACGAUCACAGUCACAUCCGAUCUCCUCUCAGUUUUACUAUACGACUUGAACAAAUCACAGUAGACUCUGAUACCGACGACAGUACCACCAAAUCCAACUUCCUAUUCCCCUAUCAAAAAUGUGGACCUCAUUAGUAAAAUCAGCCUUUGGCUUAACAAUGGCUGCCCAGAUGGCAACUUCCAGAACAAUUGUUUCGCGACAAGAACAGUGCGAAUCGGCGACAAGCGACGCUGCACAAGCUGCUUGUGCCAUGAAGGCAGCCUUUGGCGGCAGCUCAAUCAUUCCUCAGUUGUUUCCUGAUUUUUCACCCAAGGCCGCCCUCUCUGUCAAAUAUGGCGACGUUACCAUCGGUGGCGCUCAACAAAUGUCACCCACUAAAGUCGCCGCGCAGCCAUUCUUAUCCUUAUCAUUCAUCUCAAGCGAUGCUCAAUCGUUCAAAAAGGCGUAUGUGGUUGUCGGAUUAGAAUACCGACAGAAAAGCAAAACCAUGGACUUGAUGUGGCUCCAGUCUUCUGUCAAGAUUGACGGAAACACGGGACUUAUGUCAUCAUCCACCCCGCCAAUCGUAAAAUACAAGUCGCCAAACCCUAACCCAGGUUCAGGAACGAAUGAAUAUAUCCUCUUCGUAUUUCAAGACCCGGGCCUAGACAACCUUUUAAAGCAAAACCCUCAGAUGGCCUCUGCUCUCUCCGGAGCGUUCGAUUUCCAAGGAUUUAUGGCGAAAACUAAGCUUACCAACCAAGUGGUCGCCGGUAGCUAUUUCAAAUCCUCUGUUGAUGGGUCUUUCAUCAACAGCCCAGCCCCGUCCGCAUCGACCCCCUCGCAAGCUCAAGUACCCCAAUCGCCCCCGGUCUCGAGCCGGGUAGCAAAUGAUUCCAGUGUCCCCACGACGCCCCCCAAGUCCCAGUAUCAAGCCCAGAGUCAACCCGAUAGCCCUACAGCACCAAUUGCUCCCGUCCCAAGCAUGAGUGAAGCAGCACCAAUUGCUCCUGUUCAAAGCACCGGUGAAGCAGCACCAAUUACUCCUGUUCAAAGUAUCAGUGAACCAGACACCCCAUCUGCUCCCUCCAAUCAGACCGAACCUGAACAAAAGGUCACUUCAAACGCUAUCAUCACCCUCGAAGCCCAAAAAUACAUGUUAUCGUUGGUCGCAGUCGUCGUCUUUGGUGUCUCCCAGCUUUGAGAGACAUCGUCAAUUAUUUCUUCUUUUUUAUCUUCUUCUUUUUCACUCUUUUUUUUUCAGCCCUAUCACCGGGAUUUCGUUGUAAAGAUUUUUAUAUAUAUAUUGUUCAUAAAACAUAAUGUAAAUAUGCAACAACUUCUUUUGUAAAUUAUCUACUACUGAAAAACUUGGCAGAUCUCUU